AUGCCAGACAAGGGAGGCAAAUCUUUCCCACCAAAAACUCCAAAGAUCGAAUCGCAUUGCAAGCAACCGACCACCCCACUGAUCAUCCUGUCUCAUAACAAGCUCGCCCAGCUGGGGCUCGUGUGGGCCCUGAUCUUCCUCGGCCAUCGAUUAGUUCUCAUGGGUUCAGGAAUGCAACAAGGGAAUCCUGGAAGAACGUGUAAUCACUGUGUUGCCCGUCAUAAGCGCUUGGGGCUUGUGGUACCCAGCUGGCAGGAGAGCUCCCAGCACCCAGUAGAUCCGCAGAGGCAUGACACCCUCCUGUGUGCAAUCUUCCAAAUCAAGCAGCCCUGCCAUCGCUCAAUUCCGGUCCAGCUACAUUUCUGCGAUCGCUGUGAUAUGUAUGCCUGGGUGCCCACUGAGCAUUGCCAGGAUCACCCUCAACUUCAACCAGGCCCAGUCUACAGUAAUUCAGAUAAUAUCGACCCCCUCAGGCAGAGGGUUGCAGCAAAUCAGGAUAGCAGCUCAACCUCGCAAGUAUCACAAAGAAUCCUUGUGAUUCUCGCAUCCACCCCCUCCCCCACAUCCCCCCGACACUUCUCAAAGACCGGUACCGGUCACUAG